AUGGACAGCUUCAUACCCCUCACGAUGUCCGUCAGCAAGGGUUCUACAGCCGACACUUGCUGCUGCAACAAAGCAACUGCCGCCAAUGACAUCCGAACCACUGGUCACAUCGCCCAGGCUGGCGUCGGCGGUACCUUUCACAGCAGCCACCGGGCCACGCAGACGACUAGAAAUGGCAACAGCAACCAUAGCGCCACCCAGACCAGCAGCCACAUGUCGGACCUGGUGUCCCGCUUCCACCCACGCAGCCCGACCGCCCUCGAACCUGCUGCCAACAACAAUGAUGUCAACACCACGGUCAUGCCGGGUCUUUGGACUAAACCAGUCACGAUUGAGAGCCUGGCAGUGCAGCUCGAGGUGGAGAAGAGCAAGCGCCGUGAGGCAGAGCAGAUGGCCCGGGAGCUGCGGGCGGAGCUGAUCAAGAGCAAGAUGGAGGCCAGUGAGGCGAAGGAGGAGUUGUAG